UGCUGCCCAGAUCGAGUCGGACUCGGCUGUAACUCUCAGAAUCCAGCAAAGGAGCGGUGCCGGCACAUCCCCCCGCAAGGACAGCGCAUCCCGCCGCCCCGGGAGCCGCACCGCCGCCGCCGGGCUGGAACAGGCCAUCCUUACCACCACUGAGCCUAGCCAUCCUCUCCUGUAGCCAUGGAGAACUUCUCCCUCCCUGAAACCAAUUCCUCACGUGCAGACUGCACUGAAAGAGGACAUGGGAGUCUGAAUAUGUCCACUACUCCAGUAAGCCCCAGGUACUACAUCACAGUGCCUGUCAUCUACUCCAUCAUCUGUGCCGCGGGACUGACAGGCAACACUGCUGUCAUCUAUGUCAUCCUCAAAGCACCAAAGAUGAAAACAGUAACCAACAUCUUCAUCCUCAACCUGGCCAUUGCUGAUGAGCUCUUUACCUUGGUGCUGCCCAUCAACAUUGCUGACUACCUGCUCCUGCAGUGGCCCUUUGGAGAGCUCAUGUGCAAGCUCAUCAUCUCCAUAGACCAGUACAACAUCUUCUCCAGCAUCUACUUCCUCACUGUCAUGAGCAUUGACCGCUACCUCGUUGUGGUGGCCACCACCAAGUCCAGGAAGGUGUCCUACCGCACCUACCGAGCAGCCAAGAUUGUCAGCCUCUGUGUCUGGUCGUUUGUCACCGUCAUCAUCCUGCCCUUCGCCGUCUUUGCCAAGAUACACGAGGAGCAGGGGCGCUCCCACUGCGUCUUCGUGUUCCCCCACCCCGAGAGUGUGUGGUGGAAAGGCAGUCGGAUCUACACCCUUAUUUUAGGCUUUGUCAUCCCAGUGUCCACCAUCUGCACCCUGUACACCACCAUGCUGUGCAGACUGAGACACGUGCAGCUCCACUGCAAUGCAAAAGCUCUGGACAAAGCCAAAAAGAAGGUGACACUGAUGGUGGUUGCUAUCCUGGGUGUGUGCCUGCUCUGCUGGACACCCUUUCACCUUAGCACCGUGGUGGCCCUCAUCGUGGACAUCCCACAAACUCCCCUGGUCAUUGGGAUUUCCUAUUUCAUCACCAGCCUAAGCUAUGCCAACAGCUGCUUCAACCCUUUCUUGUACGCCUUUCUGGAUGAAAGCUUCCGGAGGAGCUUUCGCAGACUGAUUGAUCGCAGGGCCACCUCAUAAAGCCAGCCCAGCCCUCUCUCCUGUCCUGUCCUGUGUCCUGUCACAGUCACCUGCUCUUCCUGGGUGAUUCCAGCCUACAGAGUGCUUUCUCUCCAGUCUCCUCAUGAUGGCCCACUGGGCUUCAGGUUGUUGCCCUACUCAAGACACGAAUUGGGGACAGGUAGAUCUUUCUCAC